AUGACUUCAUUUAAGGAAAAGAUAUCUGAACUUUGUGAUGAGUUGAAUCGUUUUGAAAUAGGAAAUUUAAAGAACCCGUCUCAAGAAACCAAGGAUGCGAUAUACAAAGUUAAUGAGAGUAUGGCAUUAAAUGUUUUUAUGAGAGGGGUUAACGCUGAAUAUCAGCCAAUUUUAUUGGCUAAUAUGCCUUCAAGCUUAAAUGAGGCGACCCAAAGAUGUAUUACAGCUGAGAGAAGUUUAGGUCUGGAUACGAAGGAUGUAUUCUUUGUAAAUAGAACAAAUAUAUCAAAUGAACAAAGUAAACCUUAUAGACAAAGUUAUAGAUACAAUUAUGACGAUUACAAUAACUCGUACAGAAACAAUUACAAUACACGAUACAAUAUCGGUAAUCGAUGCAGUGAUAAUUAUGGAAAUCCAGGUGACCGCAAAAAAUUCAGCAAUAGUCAUAGCAAUAAUCGCAAUAACUAUCAAGGAAACAACAAUAAGAAUGCAGAAUAUAAAAAUAUACACGGCAAUGUGGAAUACAAUAAUGGUAAAAAUGGCAGAAUCAAGCAUACGGAAGACAGAAAUUAUAAGGAUUUUCCAUGUUCAUGUCAACAGGGAAACUCAGACGGCCGGAUGAUGGAAGAAUUUAUCCAGGAGGCCCAAAAUUAA